GUCCAGACCAUUCGGGCUUUACUUCCGGGUUUCCCUGUAGUCUCCACGCUUGAGAAGAAACCCAUUGAUAGACGGUGAUUCUGGAGCUUGAACUUUCUACCGUGAUUGCGAUCUUCACGCUUUCUUUGGUCCUCAACCUUGAAUUCGACUGGUCUUGGCAAUUGAUCCCUACAACAUUGACGGUGGCCCGGAUACCAAACUUGUCAGCUCUUCGCGCUCUCUCGAGCUAGAUAUGUCCCGUCUGUACCCUUGACUGGUCUGUUGUCUCCACCGUCCGCCCCAGUGGGAUAUCGUGGUAACCGAUGAGCGGGUAUAGUAGAACUCUUGGCCAUAUCGACGGAGGCUUUGGCGAUGGCGACGAUCGACGUGGACUUUAGGCGUUGAUUUGGAAUUGUAGUCUACUCCCAUUGCAACCCUACGCCCGAGACCCAUGAACGUUUAGUGGAGACUUAUGCUCCGGAUCAUGCGUCUGUCACUGGCCAUUAGAAGCCAUUCUGCCUCUCGCUCCGGAUCUUUUGCACCGCAUCUAAUGCACCCACCGCUCACAUGGAUAAGGGGGUGCUUGUCCAUGUGCUUUUUCCUAACGCAGCUGCCGCGUGACGGCCUGAUAUUUCAGAAUGUCCCGUGGCUGGAUUCUGUAUCGACUAUAUCCAUACAGCUGGGUCUGUUUGUUAGCAAUGAAACUUUCUUGUUCCCAGUAUUUGAUUCUUGCCGAAUGCGGUCCUCUCUGUGUGACUCAAACGGGUGCCAAUUCCCGCCAGAUAUUACCUGCUGACCCUCAACAAUUUCAUUCAAAAAGCUUCAUUUGAGGUAUCUGGAGGCUCCUCAUAGGAACCGUGGCCGUAUAGUGUAGGUUCCAACCUGGGUUCUCAUCCGCACGCUGGAAAAGUCUCCCAUACCGUCGGAGGGUUCGAAGUCACCUCUACCACGCUAAGUCACGCUCGUUGCGCUAAGGAAGAACCCUAACGAAAUGCUCCACGGACGAAAAUGGCCCCUGAAACCAAGGAAGAUGAAGAGUCAACGCAGGAAGACUAUUGUCGAGCUAGUCGAACUUGACCUAGCCAGUACAACAAAGAGACAACCGUUAGACCUUAUUUACGUUAGCGGCAUUAGUUUGAACCUCUGACGAUGACAACCUAUUCGACGGCCCGCCAUGCUGACUUCCGCCCAAAAUCAGAGCUUCCUACUUGUCCAUGACAGCUGCCAGUCCAGAGAGCGCUUGAGUGACACAGGCGGACGUGGAAAUCUGCUCACGAGCCAACAGGCUGCGGCCUUGAUUUGGAAUAUCGACGAUUCGCCCGUUCUAAGAAUCCAUCCACGAAACUGAUGACGACGACGAGCCCGAUAAACCAUAGGUCUGCCUGCAAUGUAACCGGACUUAUUGCACCCGGGCUCUUUCACGUUCCUUCCAGUACCACCGAGCAUCCCAUCCAUUGGAUGAAAGAUACGAAGCUGAUCAGAUUUCUGGCGGUCCUGACCCUGCGUUACACUCAGCUUAUACGGGUGAUGCUACGCUAUACCGCCAUUUCAUCGUUCGGCCGACGAAACCAGUCCAAACAUCGCCACAGAGAGUAGUAUCCUGGAAAUCCCCAGCCCAUUGUCCAUAGAUAUACCCGCACAUGUAAGUCCAGGUCCACACGGCCCUGCGGUGAGGGUUUAGGAAUUAGCCCCGAUGGCUCUCUCCCGCGUAUGUACCGUUGCGUGUGCUGUGCAUGUCUAACAGCUGCAGGAGAGUUCC